UUUAAGGCAACGGACCAAACACGGAAGCGACUUUAAACUUCUGACCUGCUUGUUUAUUGGCGCGUGAGACAUGGACGUUUAGUUUGUAGUAACGAGCCAUGUUUAGCUUAAAAGCACUGCAGAAGAACAGAACAUUGAAAUACGGAGUUCCGAUGCUCCUGCUGGUGGUCGGGGGGUCCUUUGGCUUGCGGGAGUUCACGCAGAUACGAUACGACGCCCAGAAAAUCAAGAGAAAGUUGGAUCCUUCACUGGAGGCCAGAGUGGACGUGCAGAAGCAGUCGGUCAUCCUGGAGCAAGAGUACCAGAAGAUGGAGACAGCCAAUCUGGACGAGUGGAAGAACAUCCGUGGUCCUCGGCCCUGGGAGGACUCCCGGGAAUACCAGGAGCAGCAGCGCAGCCGGCACGACGCAAAGACAGAUCUGGGAAAAGAAGAAAAAUACUGACUUUUCAGCUUUCGUUGAUUGUGGAAGCCAUGUUGGAAAUCAUGUUUGCAUGACAAAUGACGCCUUGAAGUAGCCAAACAUACUUGUAGUCUCUCACACUGCAAAUAUAAGAUAAAAAAAGACUAAAUAGCUGGAAAAAAACUACCUAAAACUAGUAAACUGGUCUGUCCAUGCGUACAUUUUACUUGCUAAGAUAUCUUAAGUUAAGAUAAAUUAUGAAAUACAACAGUGAAUGAAAGACAGACUUGCCAAAUAUAAGAUAAACAUAUACUAAUACUAUAGUAUACUAUGAAAAAGUAGUUCAAGGACACGUCCACAUGAUCACGGCAACUCUAUGCUAUUAAAAUGACAUAUUACACAUUUAUUAUUGUAAAAAUUCCCAUAUUAUAACAUUUUCCCCAAUCCAAUGACCAAAAUGAUCAUU